AGAUUGUGGAAGAAGAACGGCGUCGAUUCGAGGCGGACGAGCGAGCAAGCAAGCCCGAGGACGUUCCUACAGGCACCUCUGCAGCCUCACUGCACAAGCGAGAGCUGCCCUGCCCCCCUCCCGUAACGCUCACCCCGGUUCACCAUGCCGAAGCCGACCAGCAGGCGCCGGCGCACCGAGAAACAAUCACACCAAGGGUCCAAGCCCAGCGAAAGCGGACCAGGGCCCGAUCGGCACAGUGAUGCUGCCUUUCCAAACUCCACUGCGGACACCGGAGCCGCCGUCAUCAGCCCGCAAGGCCCCAGUGCUCACGCCUACACUGGGGCCAAUGGAAAACCCCGGGACGAAGGCAUGCAGUCAAGACUGUCGGCGCUGCCUUCUCCGCCAUUCGUCGCCAGGCCGCGCCAGAAGCAAGAUGGCGUCGGAUCGGUCCGAACCACGCCAUCUCCGACGGCUCCCUGCAAUUCGUCGUCACCGAUAAGUGCCAAUGUGGAGCUGACGUCACCCAGCCCCGAGUUCCAGCCUCAACAGCAACCCGAGCCCGCGGUGGCGUCGGCUCAAUCGUCGCCGCUGGGCGGCCCGUCCCCGAGACUCGACGUGGUCACGGGAGAGCGCGCGAACCUCGCGAUCCCCAGUGCCGUCGACACCCGGCAAGAACCCCGCGCGCCUCCCAUUGGUGUUUCGGACGAGCUCCGGGAGAAACCCGCCGAGACGCCGGCAGCAGCGCAGGCUCGUGCUACGACCGCAGCGGAGGAGCUCGAGCAGCAGGCGCCCAGCCAGCCGUCACCGCAGGUCAAGAUGCACGGCGACCUUCCGGCGGCCAAAGCAGUUGUGGGCGGCCGAAGCAAUGAAAGACACGCGCCCAAAGCCAAGGCCUCGUUUGCCGUCGAGGCCAGGAAGCCCUCUGCUGCGGAAUUGUACCAUGCCUUGGAGAAUCUCGGAAAAUUUGCGGAGACGCCUCCGGAGUCAGGGACGCCAAGACCGACAAGUUUCCUGAGAAAGAAACUAAUCAUCGCAUUAAGCGUGGUAUGUGUGGGCGUUAGCGUGCUCUUCAUGUUUGCCGUGUUCGUGGUCAUCGCGAAGAAGCCUAUUGCGGUGGCCUCCAACCUAUGCCGAACCGAAGACUGCGACCAGCACGCGAUCCUGCUCACCAGCCGCCUCGACCCGAAGCUCGACCCUUGCGAGGAUUUCGCUGCCUUCGUGUGUUCUGCGUGGCGGGUGUCGCGGGCGCACAGGGAACACGCAAGGUCGGUCAUAGACGACCUGCGCUUCAGCUGGUACGACCACUUCGAGAACACCUUGAAAAGGGGCGCGCUAAGCCUUGCCGCGGCAAGGAAACCGCACGCAAUGUACACCAUGUGCCGGCACUACUUCCCUGCAAACCUCUCGCAGAUGGAAUUAAUCUUCAACCUCAUCAAAGAGUACAAACUGCAAUGGCCGGAGCCACCCACGAAUCCACAGGAUCCGUUGAGUAUGCUUGUCUUGUUCAGCUACAAGUGGGAGCUGCACUUCUGGAUCACGGUCAACUAUCUGGAGCAUUCCCUCAGCGGCAAGCGACGCAUCCUAGUCAGACCGGGUCUGUACCUCUCGAUUCUGCUUAACCAACACCAGGCGGUCGCGCAGUCCUAUGUCCGGUACUGGAAGCAGUACCUGUAUCUCUUGCAUCCGAAUGCCAGCACUCGCCCAACUGUAAACGAGAAGCUUGUCAACGAGAUAUGGAGGAUUGAAGACGACGUGCUCAACAGCUUGCAAAUCGUGGCCGCGUCCCCUCGGAAGAGCCCCGCGUUGUUUUCGUUCGGCAAAGUACGCGCCUACGUUCCGAACGCUUCCGUCACCCUGUGGCGCGAGGCAUUCCAGAGAGGCAUGUCGCUGCAGCCGGCGCUAACCGACGACGACGAGAUUGCCUUUAGCGACGUAUCGUACAUCAGGAUGGUCUCUGAGCUACUGGCCAAGUACAGUGAAGUGCAGAUCAAUAUGCACAUAACGUGGCUGGCUCUGCAGUAUUACGCCCCCGUAGCCGACUACUCCGUUCUCGUGGGCUAUUACGGCAGCAGAGAGAAGGCGGAAGAGUACCUGCCGGUUUAUUGCGCGCACAAGACAGAGGCCGCUUACAAAGUGCUCGUACAGGCCCUCGGCUUCCACACCCGGUUCACGGACCAAGACAGAACGGCGAUCGACGCCGGCUUUCAGAGCCUCGUGUCGACAGCGGUGGGAAAGAUCAACAGCGCCCGCUGGAUGGGCGACGAGGAAAGGGCGAGGGCUGCCGACAAGGUCGCCUCCAUACGGAUGGCCCUCUGGCCGCCAAAGUCUUUGCUGGACAACGACACGCUUGAGGGACUUUACGCCAACUUUCCCGAGAAAGCGCCGUCGUUUGCCCAAUACUGGAUACAGGCGCUGGAGGCUGCAGCCCGAGUGAACAGGACGGCAGAUUUCAGCGAGGCGCUUCUGCUGCUCGGGAGCCACUUCUCGACGUACGCCGACUACGACUACAUAUCUAACGUAGUGAGAGUGGCGAUGGGCGCCGUCGCAAAGCCAGCGUACUACAGCCAUGGUACCAAGGGCAUGCUGUAUGGCGGCCUGCUCUUCCUCGUGGCUUUGCAGCUAGUCAGGGCCAUCGACGACGAAGGGAUCAGGUGGGGGCCCAACGAUAGCGCGCUCGGCGACUCCACCUUCUCGGCGCCUGCGUUAGAGGCGUACAGAGCCAGGUCGCAAUGCCAGCACGGCGCCAAUGACAGCGGGAGCGCGUUUCCCGAUGUGCCCGCUCUGGAGAUCGCCUACUCCGCGCUAAAGGAAUCGCGCUUUCGAAACGAGAGCGAACCCACAGCCCUGAGCAAGGAUCUGCCGGAACUGAAGGUUUUCUUCAUGACUCUAUGCUACAUGGCAUGCGCUAGCCCAGGCGGUAGGAGCAGCAUCACUGCAGAUUGCAACAAGGUCGUUCGCAAUUCCUGGGCUUUCGCCGAAGCGUACAGAUGUCCAAAGGGCAGCAAAAUGAACCCGGAGAAAAAAUGUUCGUUCUUCGCGUGACCUCUCGCCUACUAGGGCGCUCGUUUAUGUACAGUUAGUGCCAUAUCGCGUGGUUAAAUAUGCCGCCGUGGUUUUGCGUUCUGUCGUAGACGUUAUAUGCGCUACUUUCUUUUCUGUAUAUUGUUUCUGUUCUGUAUAUUUUGUAAACUUUCCUGCGUGUAAAUUACGCUGCCCAUAUCUCUUGUGAGGCAAUAUUUGGCUGGAUGUCGGGAAUUUCGAUGAAACUUUUGCAUUCAGUUUGCAGUGUUUACGGGGACGAGAACUUCGACGUGCUUUUGUAUAUUAAUUUGUGACAUCAGUCGAGCACGUGAUACUCGUGAGCGGUCGAAGAACCAUUCCUUUAUACGGUCACGUGUUUCGCUUGUAUUGACUCAUCUGAGGAAACGUUCGCAUUAUAUUUUUUUAUUCGUACACUUAUGGGAAUGGGUCGCCACAAGUCCGGUUAACGGCGGGUUGACACUGUGGAGUCGUAACAUCCUGUAUAUGUGUUCAUGAUGACACCACUAAACUAAUAGUGAAUGUGUCGUUUUGUGUUCUAGUGACUGCAGUGUGUUGUCUUGUAGAUGUAUAAGGUAGUCAUUACAGAUGCCUUGCUGCUUUUUA